ACCUAGCCAAAGGACAUCUAAUUCCAAUCGUCAACGUAGAAGUAGGAGAAACCGAUAUGGCAAGUAAAAUUCCGCUAAAGUUAAAGGCAAUUAAGUAUGUUAGUGUAACUUUUAAUGAUUCGACCUAUGACCCCAGAGAAGAUGAUGACUAUAACGUUAAUGAAGGCAGACCCUUGGAUAAUUUUUCUGAAGAAUAUUCAGAAUGGUGUGAGGAAAAUGAUUCCAAUGAUAUGCAACUGUGA